CUUGCAAUCAGCCUGAAAUCAAAUAUUAACCAACCCAAACCACUCCAUGAUAUUAUUCUCUCAGCUGCCGCCAAGCUUUCUGAAUAUUUUCUUCCAUCUGAAAUCAUUUAGGCUUCCCACCAAAGCAACACACUACCAGACAUAACAAAUCCUCUUGAGCUUAACACUCUUCCUUCCAAUUCAUUCCCUCGUUCUCUUCUCCUCCUUCUCUUUCUCCAUCUCCUUCCUCUCCUUUCUGUAAUCUGAUUCAGUUUAUACUAAUAUGGCUCUGAAGCAGCGGGUGGAGAGGUUCAUCAUGCUUCCCUUCUCAGUUGGUUGUGCUUCUCAGUCAGCUAUUAGAGUCUCCAAGAACCAACCAAAGAAUACUCACAUCAAAGAAGUCUUCAUGCUUGAAGAUGAAGAUGGGAGGGAGGAGAAUGCUAGACCCAAGAGUUCCUCAUUCUUUCUCCAGCUCCAAAGACCAAACUUCUUUGUUGGUAUUCAUAAACUAGCUAAAGGACUUAAGAACUUAUCUGCUCUGUUCACAAUCUACAAAAAUGAAGAUGAAGAAGAAGAAGAGGCAGAUAUGGAGAUUGGACACCCUACAGAUGUGCAGCAUGUGGCUCACAUAGGAUGGGAUGGCUACAAUAAUGUGAGUGGAAUGAAGAGCUGGGAGAAAGCACCAGAGUUCUUAACUUUAUCUUCCCUUUCUUUGAAGCAAUGUGAGUUGGCCAUGUCCGCACAGGUGCAGGGUAGUCGUCCUCUUUGAGGUUUGGAUUAGGUUUUGUGGAGCCUUGAUUAAUUAAUUGUAUUGGUUUCUUUGGUUUUUGUAACUUUAUGUUAUUGUAGCUGUAUUGAGGGUUACAUGUGAGUUUGUAUAGACAACUUUAA